AUUCGCAACAAUCUCGAUACUCUUAGUGGAAUAUAGAUUCGCAACAAUCUCGAUACUCUUAUGAAAAGAAUCAAAUUUUUAAAUAUAUGCUUCCUUCAAGACAAGUUGCUUCUAGGAGUAGAUCCAUGCCAAAUCCACAAAAUGCACCUAGUGCAUCUCAUCAAAAUGCACGUGUUCAUCAACAAAGUGAGCCUAUACCUAAUGUUGAAUCAUCUCAAGAAGAGGUACAAGCAGGGACUAAUGAGACUGAGAAUGUACCUGAUAAUCCACUGGUGGUUCAGAGAAGAACAUCUCCAUAUUGGACUGUUGAUGUUAUUGAUGGGGAAGGUCACAUAUCACAAACACGUCUAAGGAUGCAAGAUGUGUUUGCAAUGACUGAUAGUCCAACAAAGAUACUGACACAAUGGAAUAGACAUAAUCAACCAGUGGGUGAUUCUUCUAGUUUGUUAGUAGGAUUUUUAGGCCAAGUGGCAUCCAACUUUGGCAACUUUCCUGUACUGUAUGAGAAUUGGGCAUAGGUUCCUAAAGAGUAUAAAAAUAAUGUUUUUGUUAACACGAUACAGGCUAAUUUUGUUGUUAACGAUCAAAAACACAAAGAAUACAUCUUUUGGAGCUUGGGAAAGAAAUGGAAGGACAAACGGUGUAGAUUGUUUGAUAAAUUUCAUGAUUGGGAAAAAUCUGUGGAGCAAAAUAUACAGAAUCACCCACCGCACAUUCCCCAAGAUCAUUGGGCUAUUUUUGUGCGUUAUAGGCGAAGCAGUAAAGCAAUUGAUAUGUCUAACAAAAAUACUACAAAUCGUGCAAAGCUAAUGAUCCCCCACAUACUAGGCUCUAAAACUCUUGCAAGGAAAAGGGAUGAGUUGGAGUUGUUACAUGGCCGGGAAUUUAGUAGAGCAGAAAUGUAUCAAGUUUCUCACAAAAAGCCUGAUGGAAAUUUUGUUAAUGAAGAGGCUAGAGAGUUACAUGAAAAGUUGCAAAAUGAAAUGCAAAAUUGUUCUGAAAAUGAAGCUUUUGAGAGAGUUUGUGGGAAAGAACAUCCUGGCUAUGUACGUGGUAUGGGACUUGGAGUUAGGCCAUCUCAAAUCAUUGGAUCUUCUUCUCGUGCAACAUCAUCAACUACUUCCUUUCAGUCUAAUGAAAAGGUGGAACAACUGCAAGCUGAAAUUGACUCACUCAAGGCACAAGUUGCAGAAGUCGAUGUCUUAAAGGAGCAGAUUGCAUUUCUUAUGCAACGUGUUAAGGGAAAUGAGGCACCUGACUUGGAAUCACCUGUAAAUGGAAAGCCUUCCUCUGAAGGGAGUCAUAUUCCUGAAGGCCAUGACUUAGAUUCACCUACCACUGUUUAG